ACCGUUUCACACAAGAACUGUUUCCACGUCGUCUGUUGACUUGCAGCUAAAUUGUAUGUCUGUGCGUAUCACAAUUUAGGAACUGGUUUUCAAAGGUGAAUGGAACGAACGAAGGAAGUUUGACAGAAUGGAAGAAUAUGCAAGAGAUCCAUGUCCAUGGAGAAUAGUGGAUGACUGUGGUGGUGCAUUUUCUAUGGGAGCUAUUGGAGGAAUGCUCUUUCAUGGCAUCAAAGGUUUCAGAAAUGCACCAAGUGGAAAUUACAGGAGAUUAAUUGGAAGUUUCGUAUCAUUAAAGGAAAGAGCUCCAAUAACAGGAGGAAAUUUUGCUGUGUGGGGUGGCUUGUUUUCAGCAAUAGAUUGUUCUAUGGUUUAUAUCAGGAAGAAGGAAGAUCCUUGGAAUUCAAUAACUAGUGGCGCUCUUACGGGAGCUAUACUUUCUGUCAGGAAUGGUACAGGAGCCAUGAUUGGAUCAGCUAUUAUUGGUGGUGUUCUACUCGCUUUGAUAGAAGGCAUGGGUAUCAUGUUCACACGAUUUACAGCAGAACAGUUUAAUCCAGCAAACCGAAUGGUAAUGGACGAUCCAAAUCAACCAUCGGGUUCACCAGUCCAACAAGGCAGCAUAUUUGGUGGAGCACCACAGUAUCAAUAACACUGACUUGAAGAUUUAUUCUAGGAAGACUAAACCAUGUGUAUUUAUUAACAGUUUUUAUCAGCAGAAGAUGUAAUUCUGCUACAGUGGACACCUAUCCCAAAAUAUCAAAACUAUUGUUACUGAUUUUUUUUGUAGAAAAGAGAGACAACUUUUGGAAGUUUUAUGAUGGACAUGUUUUAUUAACAAUGGAUGCUAAAAAUCUUUUGUGUUUAACAUCAGCUUGAAAUGUUGUUUUUUCUUUAUAUCUUUGUUGAACAGUCCAAGAAUGUGUUUAUUUGUGUGUAGUUGAUGUGAUGACAGUGUAAAAAUUAAUUUUUCUGUUUGUGGUGAAUAUACAUUGUUUUCCUGCCAAGUUUGAAGAUGUCUAGCUCUAAAUGUUUCCCAUUUAUUGCUGUUUAAAACUAUUAGUUUGUAGGUAAAAUGUUGAAUGUAGUAUGAUUUUGAAUAAUUCUUUAUUUGAAAUCCGGUGAAAAAUGUCACACCUAAAAAAACAUUUAAAAUGUUCUUUUUACUAUUAUGUAAUGCUUACUUUAUACUUUAAUUAAAUAGAAGGUUUCUUUUUGUUUAACGACACCACUAGAGCACAUUGAUUUAUUAUUGAUUGGAUGUAAACAGUCAAUUAGAGCACAGCUGAAUUUCUAGUCCAAUGGGAGCUUCAUAUUUGGUCACGUGAAGUACAUUUAUCUCCCGAUAAAGUACUUCAGACAUUCACUUUAUAAGCGGUAUUGCUGCACAAGAUUUUGGCUCUGCUCUAAGACAGUUAGAGGACGAGUAACAAUACUUUAUCGGCGUAUAAAGUUAGUGUCGCACGAGAAAACGCUCGGCUAACACCUCGCCUUUGUUUCGUGCGACACUACCUUUAUACGCCGAUAAAGUAUUGUUACUCGUCCUCUAACUAUUACAUAGAAAUCUGUGCAUCUUAUAACAGAUUUCAAAACAAACGUACAAAAAAUGGGCAGUUUUGGUGAACGAAGCAGUAUCCACUGAAAAUUGCCACCUGGGCCCAUAUUUUCGAAGCUCUUAGUGCCAAGAAAUAGUAAAACCAUCGUAGGGUGCGACGUCACAACAGCACACGCCAUAGUGACAUCAUAGCUUAUGCUAAUUUUACGAUUUUGUAGGCUAAGAUUGCUUCGAAAAUAUGGGCCCUGUCAUCUAUUGAUAAACACACUAGUGUGUAGAGAGGGGGGGAAAAAAAACUACCUUGUUUUUGCUCUCGUCUGAUGGUUCAUUAUAGAAUUCCCUGUAAUCUUUUUUCUUUUUUUCAUCUAGUCAUCAAAUGUGCAGUAAUUUAAGCAGACUGUGCUUGGUACAAGAAUACAUCAGUUGGCUUGUUUGUAUAUGUAUGUUUCAGUUCAUUUCAUUGAAACAAAUGGAUCAUAUUUUCGAUACACGAAAAACUAAAAUAAUUGUGUACAUUUGUAACAAAACUAUUAUCAUUUGAAAAAUGUACACACUGUCUUAUCCACAUUAUAUUUCAGAAACUCAUUUUAUUGUAAAUGCAUCUGUUAAAAUUUUAUUAGAAACCAUUUAUUAUUGUACAUGUUGGUUUGUUUUCGAAGAAUGUAAAUAUGUCCAUAAAAAUAAAAUAUAAAGAUUU